UGAUAAUCGCGACGUUUCUGCCCCACCUCGGGCUGUAACGCCCAAACGGCACAGGCUAAUUACAAGUAACCUGUGUGCACAGCUGAAAGCCUUGGGAGGAAUUUGGCAGGAUGAAGCCUGUCAUUGUGGUGCAUGGUGGAGCUGGCCGGAUCUUUAAAGAACGAGAAGAGGGAAGCCGUGCUGGUGUUGUCAGAGCUGCGCUGCAAGGUUAUGGUAUCCUGAAACGGGGAGGCAGUGCCUUGGAUGCAGUUGAGGAGGCAGUACGAUCAAUGGAAGAUGAUCCUCACUUUAAUGCAGGCUAUGGAUCUGUCCUAAAUGAAAAAGGUGAAGUAGAAAUGGAUGCCAUUAUCAUGGAUGGAAAAAAUUUAGACUCUGGAGCAGUAUCUGCAGUUAAAUGUAUAGCAAACCCAAUAAAACUCGCUCGACUUGUCAUGGAAAAGACAAAGCACAUGCUGCUGACUGGCUGUGGUGCACACCUGUUUGCUCAGGCCAUGGGUAUUCCUGACACUCCAGGGGAGACACUCAUAACCGAGAGGUCCCGGGAGAGAUGGAAGAAGAACCUUGAGCCAGAUUCCAACCCUGAAGAGUUUCAGAAAGACCUUGGAACAGUCGGUGCUGUUGCUAUAGACAGUGAAGGAAAUGUAGCUUGUGCAACAUCCACUGGAGGACUCUCUAAUAAACUGAUUGGCCGUGUUGGUGACACAGCAUGCAUAGGAAGUGGAGGUUAUGCUGAUAACCGUUCUGGUGCCACUUCAACCACAGGACAUGGGGAGAGCAUUAUGAAAGUGGUCUUGGCCCGACUGAUCCUCUAUCACAUGGAGCAAGGAAUGUCACCAGAGGUGGCUGCUGACACUGCACUGGACUACAUGAGGACACGAGUUGGGGGCUUGGGGGGUGUCAUUGUGGUUAACAAUUCAGGAGAGUGGGCAGCAAGGUUCUCCACCAAGCAGAUGUCCUGGGCUACUGUAAAGGAUGACCAGCUGCAUUAUGGGAUUUAUGCUGGGGAGAGGCAUACAAAAUCUGUUGAUGAAGCACUUACAUCUCAAAGUGAGGGAUUCUGAGAAAAAGAAACAUCGACUGAGGAAGAAUGAAGAUCUCCAGUUUUUACUGGAAGACAAUGGUAGUUGAUUUCAUCUUUCUGAAAGAUCUGUACUCUUUUGAUUGGUUCACAGGCAUUGCCACAUUUACAGUCAAAAUGAAAUCUGGACAUAGUUCUUCAGUGGUCGUGGAUAUAUGUAUAGUGUUUAUUAAUACCUUCAGGAAGUCAGGAGAUCCUCCUUUUCUAGAUAAGAAAGAGAACAGUCAGUAGGUUUCUUGGUUAGCGUGCCUUAAUCCUACAUUAAAGGGAGCCUGAGUUUCAGUGUUAGAGGAACUCCUUUCCACGCCCGUUCUCAGAGACUGCUGCCAGGAUGAUUUGAGAGAUUAAUACCUAUUAAUUAAAAACUGAAUUUUGAAAAUUGCAUCACCCUCCAGUGUCUUCUGAGCAGUCAUCCCAUGAUAACAAAGUGCUAACUGUCAGUGAAAUGCCACCAAACAGCAGUGAAGAGUUAAGACUGCGUCAUUGUCACAGGCUUGAGGUAACUGUCAGGGGAAAUAAGAAUGAAGUAAAGAAAAUAACUUUUCUCCAGAGAUGGGAAAUGUGGUGCUUUCUGAGGAGUCCUAUUUCAUUCCAUUCAUUGGCAUCAGACCUACAUUUAAAAAACAGAGAUGACAGCAACGUAGGCUACAAUAUUUCAGAGUAUAUGUGGAUAAUUAACAGGAAAGAUAUUAUUGACUUAAUAUCUGGGGUAGUAAUAAGAUCAUGAUUUCAAUAAAUAUAAAUAAAACAGCAAUCUUUACUACUCA